GCGGGGGGCGGAGCCGGCGGGAAAGUGGCGCCAAAGCGGGCCCCGCCCCGCGCCGGCCACGUGACGCCCCAGGCCCCGGCCGCGCCCGGCCGCGCCUGCGCAGAGUGCUCGAUGCUGCCGCAGGUCUUCGUGCUGUCGGCGCAGGGCGACCGCCUCGUCUACCGCGACUUCCGCGGCGAUGGCGGCUCGGAGGACUUGGCGGCCGCCUUCUACCGCCGCAUCACCGCGCUGCCGGGGGCGCGGGCGCCGGUCUUCCUGGCCCAGGGCGGGCGGCACUUCGCCCACGUGCGCCACGCCGGGCUGUACUUCGUGGCCACCCUCCUGCCCGGCGCCGCGCCCUUCCUGGCCGUCGAGUUCCUCUGCAGGCUGGUGGCGCUCCUGCGGGACUACUGCGGCGCCCUGAACGAGAAGACGCUCGGCCUCAACUUCGCCCUCGUCUACGAGCUGCUGGACGAGCUGCUGGACUACGGCUACAUCCAGACGACCAGCCCGGAGGUGCUGAAGAACUUCGUCCAGACGGACCCGGUGCUGGGCCAGCCCUUCAGCCUCCUGGACCUCAGCACCGUGGGCCUGUUUGGAGCAGACACCCAACAAAGCAAAGUGGCCCCCAGCUGUGCAGCUGCCCGUCCUGUCCUGCCGUUGAGGGGAGAACAGGGUGUGCGGCCUGAGGUCUUCCUCGAUGUGGUUGAGCGUCUUACUGUGGUCAUUGCAGUGAAUGGCAGUCCUAUGAAAACGGAUGUGCAGGGUGAAAUCCGGCUCAAGAGCUUCUUUCCUGGCUGCUCUGAGAUGCGGAUCGGACUCACCGAGGAAUUCUGUGUGGGCAAGACCGAGCUGAGAGGUUACGGCACAACAGUCCGCGUGGAUGAGUGCUCUUUCCAUAACUCCGUUAAGUUAGAGGAAUUUGAGCGCAGCCGCAUUCUCCGUGUGAACCCCAGCCAAGGGGAGCUGACCCUGAUGCAGUACCAGUUGGCAGAUGACCUUCCUUCCGUCCUGCCCUUUCAUCUGUUCCCCACCAUCAACCACGAUUCCAGUGGCAGGUUGCAUGUUUACCUUAAGCUGCGCUGUGACUUGCCACCCAAGAGCCAUGCUGUGAAUGUCUGCCUCCACUUGCCUGUCCCCAGAGCCACUCUGAGCCUUGCGCAAGAACUGAGCAGUCCUGAGCAGACAGCAGCUCUGCAGCCGAACAGCAAAUCCAUUGAGUGGGUUGUACCCAGAGCACAAGGCGGGUCCCAGCUCUCCGCCCUUUUUAAGCUUGAGGUGCCAGGGCUGAGCCGGGCCAUGCUGCGGGAGCUGGGGCCCGCGAACCUCUCCUUUGAAGUGCCAGCCUACACCUGCUCCGGAUUGCAGAUCAGGUUCCUGCGUUUCGCGGGGCCACAGCCAAAGCUCCCUUACCGCUGGGUGCGGUACGUGACGCAUAGCGAGUCCUACGUCGUCCGCCUCAGUGCAGCAGGAUAGUUGUUCUUUCUAACGGCACAGCCACCUGAACACACGAGUUCAGGCCUUAAGAGCAAUUUCCUUCUUGAGCCAAAGGGGCUGCUUCAACAAAAACAUUUUAUUGCAAAACAAGGAAACAUUAAUAGGAACUGACUAAUAAAGAGUUGAGUAGUAAGAGUUCCCGAGGCCUCCUUUACAGGGUGGGAGAACAAGCUGAAGCCAAGAGUCAACGUUUUCUGAAUCGUACCUAACACCAAGCAGUUCAGAAAUGAAAGUAAACUGUCUCUUCCCAGUAACAGAGAUCUGGGUACAGAGGUGACAAGCUGGCGGGCUAACCAGUGAUGCCAGCCCAACCCUCGAGAGCCACAGACGCCCAUCGGCUACCCAGGCAGGCAGUGUGGUGAAGAUGCUCUUGAGAAACUGGCAGGGAGGGAGGGAAGGCGCGUGCUGCAUCCUGCGAGAGCUGCCUUGGGAUGCCUGCCGAGAGAGAGAGAGAAAGAGAAAGAGACUGAACGGAGGAGUGCAGGCAGCGCCGGGCCACCAUUUCCACCAAGUGCUCACUACAGGAAUCAAGGCGUAGCAGACCGCUCGUCGGCGCUCUAUGCAGGGGCCCUGCAGGACAGGUCCUGCCAUCAGCUGUGGACCAAGACUGCUAAACAGACCCUCUUCCGAAAAGGGCCGUGUGCCUCUCCAAGCACCAAUACUGGCUGCAGUACCCAAAGGAAAGCCAUCAUGCUCAUGGGCUGCUGCAGAAAGGGUAGAUGCACAAGAACAGAAUUGAGUACUAGAUGGAUAUUCAACAAAGUGUAGCAAAGCCUAAGAACCAAGGACCCAAGUGGAGCUGGGUCAGACCAAAGCCACCUGCUGGGCCAAUUAGUUGUCCCCAGAAAUAACAACAUUCGAUUUAUAUACCGCCCUUCAGGACAACUUAACGCCCACUCAGAGCGGUUUACAAAGUAUGUUGUUGUUAUCCCCACAACAAAACACCCUGUGAGGUGGGCGGGGCUGAGAGAGCUCUGAGAGAGCCGUGACUAGCCCAAGGUCACCCAGCUGGCUUCAAGUGGAGGAGUGGGGAAUCAAACCCGGCUCUCCAGAUUAGAGUCCCGCGCUCUUAACCACUACACCAACCUGGCUCUCAAUGGCGCAAGGGUGAUUACUGAUUCUUAGCCCGCCCCCGUUCUCUAGUAGCACAGGGUUGUGUACUGAAGCACAGACUUGGCCGGGAGGUGAGGCUGAGACUGUGUGGGCGAGACGUGCUCAGGCUCCUCCUGCUCCAACCAUGUCCGGCUGCCUCCUCCAGUGGAGGUUCUCUUCUGCCUUCACAGGAAGAGCCCUGCCAGCUCAGAUCAAGCUAGUGGGCCACCUGGUUCAGCCUUCUGCUUUACCAGUUGGUUAGUCAGUUCCCCUGCAGGCCAGACAAGAACGCAGAGGGCCGAGGCACCCCACUGAGCCUGCCUCUGAAUACAGAGGGCCCCUUCAGCCCCCACGGCCAGGAGCCAUGCCUGCCUCAUAGUGAAGUUCCACUCUUUGUUUCUCACGGGGACCCAAGGUGGGUUAUGCAGUGUUAAGUUCAUGCAGUCAAUAGCUGGGACAUUCCAACAGAAAUGGGGAAGGAAGCAGACAAUUCAAAUACAGGAAUACAAAGAUGAAACACUGCUGAAACAAAACAUAAUUUGAUGUGACCCACUAAACAAAAUGGAAACUACCCGAUGGGAUCAUUUCUACAUCCGUACAGGCCCUGUCCUUUGCCAAAGCAUCUCCUCUGAACUAUUUCCUUACACCGUAGCCCUAUUCGGUUUAUAAAAAUCCCCUCCUGAAUAAUUCAGAUUUUCAUAGUUUAGGGAAAGCCGGGAGAGGCAGCUUUCCUGACCCCUCCAGGGAGGCCAUUCCGUAAGGGUGGGGGCCACCACAGAGAACGUGCUUGUACAGGCAGCUGGUGGUUUGGCCCAUUUGUAGGGUGGCACCUGCAGAAGGCCCUGUUCAGGUGAGCAGAGCGGGGAGGGGGGAGGCAUUCUCACAGACACGAGGGACCAAGGCUUUAUAUGUGAUAGUCAAAACCUUGAGCUGAGUCCAGUAACUGAUGGGUAGUGAAUGGAGCGACUGCAGAAUGGGACUAAUACCCAUGCUCAGCCUAGCGCCUGGUAAUAAUUGAGCUGUGGCAUUCUGCAUCAACUGGAGUCCGAGUUAACUGCGAGGCGAGACCUAAGUAGAAUGCAUGACAGUUGCCUAGUCUUAAUGUUAACAUGGCGCAAAGCCAAGUGAUCCGUUUGGCUGUGUCAAGCUAGGGGGCCGUCUUUCAGGCUAGUUUUGAGUUGGCUUUUUUGCAGCUGCAUUUAUUUCUCUAGCAGCAGUGCUGGAUCAGUAUAAUCCCAAGACUCUUAACCAAGUCUGCAAGGGUCAGCUAAACCCCAUCAAGAGUGGGAAGCACAACGUCCCUUCAAGACCUUUGCUUUCUUGAACAGCAUCACUUCUGUUUUGUCUGCGUCAGUUUUCACUUUGAAUUUGAUUGCUUGCUUAGUACUGUUCUCUGCGCUACAUCUUUUGCCCAGCAACUUCACCGAGUGCUUCCCAAGUUCUGGUAGUAUUGGGGGGAGGGGGGAAGAGAGCUCCCUUUGCCCACUUUUUCUACCCCGUACCUAAGUUUAUAAACCUGCACCUUGUCCUCUCUUUGACAUCUUUCUUCAGAACUAAAAACUCCCAGACUCUUCAGCCUUCCCUAAUUGAAUGCUGUUCAACCCCUUCAUGCUCUUGGUUUCUCUUCUGUGCUAUUCCAGCUCUGUAAGGUCCCUUUUGAGACAUGGAGACCAGAACUGAAUACAGUAUUUCAAAUGAGGCUGCACCACAGAUCUAUAUAAAGAGAUUACAAUAUUGGC